AUCUUCUUCUUCUUCAUCAUCCAAACAGCGGCCUCCACUUCUGACCUCGGCGCCUCCGUCUCUUUCUCACUCAUCACUUUUUCUCUCUCUCCUCUCCAUUUCCGAGCUACGAUGGAAGCUUCUGCAGCUCUUUCUCGCAUAGGCCUUGCCGGCUUGGCCGUUAUGGGCCAAAACCUCGCUCUCAACAUCGCCGAGAAAGGCUUCCCUAUUUCCGUCUACAAUCGUACCACUUCCAAGGUCGAUGAGACUGUAGAUCGCGCCCAUAACGAAGGUAAUCUUCCUCUGUUUGGUCAGUAUAAUCCUCGCGAUUUUGUUCUAUCUAUUCAGCGCCCUAGAUCGGUUAUUAUCCUCGUUAAGGCUGGCUUGCCUGUCGAUCAGACCAUUGCUGCGCUUUCCGACCACUUGGAGCCUGGUGAUGCUAUCAUUGACGGUGGUAAUGAGUGGUAUGAGAAUACUGAGCGUCGGAUUGCGCAGGUUUCUGAUCGGGGGAUUCUGUAUCUUGGGAUGGGGGUUUCUGGUGGUGAAGAUGGUGCUCGCCAUGGGCCGUCGUUGAUGCCUGGAGGGUCUUUUGAGGCUUAUUCUAAUGUUGAGGAUAUUCUGAAGAAGGUAGCUGCUCAAGUUGACGAUGGUCCUUGCGUUACUUACAUAGGUGAAGGGGGUUCGGGUAAUUUCGUUAAGAUGGUGCAUAAUGGUAUUGAAUAUGGUGAUAUGCAGCUGAUUUCCGAGGCCUACGACGUUUUAAAACACGUUGGAGGGUUAUCGAAUACUGAAUUGGCUGACAUUUUCUCUGAGUGGAACAGGGGGGAGCUGGAGAGCUUCCUAAUUGAGAUAUCAGCUGAUAUCUUUAAAGUUAAAGAUGAACAUGGUGAUGGUGAAUUGGUGGACAAGAUUUUGGACAAGACUGGGAUGAAAGGAACUGGGAAAUGGACUGUGCAGCAAGCUGCUGAGCUUUCCAUCGCAGCGCCAACGAUUGCAGCGUCGUUAGAUUGUAGGUACUUGAGUGGGUUGAAGGAGGAGAGGGAAAGUGCGGCUGAGGUGUUGAAGGAGGCGGGGCUAAAUGACAGCGUGGGGUCAGUGAGGAGUGGGAUUGACAAGAAGAAAUUGAUUGAAGAUGUGAGGCAGGCUUUGUAUGCCUCCAAGAUUUGCAGCUAUGCUCAGGGAAUGAAUUUGCUGAGGGCUAAGAGCUUGGAGAAGGGAUGGAACUUGAAUUUGGGAGAGUUGGCAAGGAUUUGGAAAGGUGGGUGCAUCAUAAGAGCUGUGUUCUUGGACAGGAUCAAGAAGGCAUAUCAGCGCAAUCCUAACCUUGCAAGCUUGUUGGUGGAUCCCGAGUUCGCCAGAGAGAUGGUGCAGAGGCAGGCUGCUUGGAGAAGGGUGGUUGGGUUGGCCAUAUCGGCGGGGAUCAGCACUCCAGGUAUGUGUGCUAGCCUUGCCUAUUUCGAUACGUACAGGCGCGCUAGGCUGCCUGCCAACCUUGUGCAGGCGCAGAGAGACCUGUUUGGGGCUCAUACAUAUGAGCGAGUGGAUCGCCAGGGCUCCUUCCACACAGAGUGGACAAAGCUCGCUCGCAAUGCUGGCGCUGGUGCUAGCAUUCUCAAGUGAGCUUUUGAGCUGCCCAUUUGGUUGGUUUUCUUUCUUUGUUUCAAUUGGGUGCAAAUUUCCAACUUGAUUUUGCUUGCCCAUUUCAAAAGUUGGUAGUUUUUCUUCUUUGUAUCACAAUCUGGACAGUCUUCCAUGCUUCUUAGGGGAGUAGAUAGCAGAUAGUUUUACUGGCUUCAAGUAUUUGCUAUAAAUAAUAAUUAAUAAGGAAAAAUAGGAAAAAAAAAAAAAAGGAAAGAAAAGAAAGAAAGAAUGGCCAUUAAGUUGUAUUGUGUUAGUUCUCUUUACAUCUCCUUGUACUUCAAAUUGAAGGAAUUUCCCUUUUGUUUAGUCAUUAGUCUUAUUAUUCUUCC